GGGGACAACAAACCUUAAGGGAAAAGUGGGAUGCGGCCAUGCCACGUCUGAGGCGGCAAGUAAGCGGGGGUGGGCCCGGACCCUGAUAUGGGUGGUGGCGAGUGCGACUACGGGACCUCGCUCCCGUCCGCGGCGGACGUCGUGGCCUUGCUGGCUGACCACGAUGAGGCUCCCAGCCCCGGCACCACCUUUGAGGCGGUCCUGCAGCAGGCCCUGUGGGAUCUGCUAGAGGUUGCGGAGCGCGCGGACGCGGAGUUGGUGCGGGCGCUCUGGGCGGGGCCUUUCUAGUGUGCUGUCCUGUUUUGGUGGCGUGUUCGUGUGUGUGCGCCUGCGUUUGUUCGUGCACCGGCAGUUGUUCCGGUGCGGUAGCUGGUCUGCUUUGUUGUGGAAGUUGGUUCGCUGCUGCCUGUGUGCCCCGGUUUGCGUGGGGCCCCUGCCCCUAUUUGCUGCAGGUGGGGGCGUGUGUGACUACGCGUGGUCGUGCGCCUGCGGUGGUUCCCGUGUAGUCGCUUUGGACUGCUUUGUUGCUGGGUCAGAUCACGCGGCCGCUUGGUUCAGCGUGCGUGCGUGGCGCCGGGUAGCUGCUGCCUGUGUUCCCUGGCCUGCUUGGGACCGGGGACCGGUUUGCAGUGUUUUGGUGCGGGGGCCCGGCGCGCUGGUGUGCGUGUGUGCCUGUGGUGGUUUCCCGUUCUCGCGGUGGUUUGGGCUUGGUGCUGGGUGUCCGUGCUUCUCCUUCUUUUUUUUUCUUUUCUUGCUCUGUCCUGUGAGUAUGGUGGGUACUUCGCCUUUUUUAGGUCUGCCCUUGCUUUGCCCCGGAGGGGUGCCCUUGGGUUUCGGUGGCUUGAGCGGUUGUCCCUGGUGUUCUGCUUGCUCGCGUUGCAGAUUGUGUGCCGGUGUGGUGCUGCGCCUUCCCCUUCCUUCUCUCACUAAAAGUGCUUACCGUACCUCAGAACUCUAAAAAACAUCUACCUCAUCGUUCAAACAUAGCCAGGGUUAGUUUGCACAGACACCGCCGCCCGCCAUACGGUAUGUCCAGCCGUGCCCCGCUGUCAAGCACAAGCACAGUUGGCAACGAAUUAAACAGCCGUAUUCUGCUUACCGCCCACCGUGCCAGCAAAUAUUGUUAACCUGGCACCGGAGGCGCUUUGGCGGGUGGCGAGCUGGCGACCAAUGCUUGUUGGGCGGUGCCGAGGGCUCCUCGUGAGCGUGCGUUUGGAGUUGCCUUGCCUCCUUGUCGUGCAAGUGGUAUGAGCAUGAACGACGGGGACCGCUGCCACCAUUUCUUGCGUUGUGGCAUGGGCUCUGCGGGAGAACAUGGCUGUGACCAUGGGUGGCCUUUAUUGGGUUUCUUACGCGUGCUGAUCUAUGGCUCGUCCAGCCGCCUGCACGGCUGGCGCCGCCGGUGUGGGAUAUUGUGGGCGGAAGGCCUAACGGCGCGUAAGUCCCUACCCUAAGGGUAGCCCCAGCCCUGUCUCGAACAGGGAUCGACACGAUGAGAGGCACGGCCGAUGGCGCCGAGUUAAGCCAUCACCACGCCCAGUGUUCCGGCCAGUUGUAAUAGAUCUACCCU